UAGCGAAGCCCCCGUAUGAUGCUCGACUGGCUAAACUUAAACCUAAUCCCGUUGUCAUAUUGAAGAACUGGAGGUGACUUGAUUAGUUUUCAAUUUACUUAGUGGUAAAUUUGCAUAUGAUAUGCCCUUAUUUUUCUUGUCUUACAAAACAGGGAAUUUACGAGGACACUCCGAAAAAGUUUACAAGCUCAGAACAAAUUACUUGUCAGCUGAUUAUCGACUUUCCCAUCAAAUCAUCAAAGAGUGGAAUUAUUUACCUCAAUAAGUGAUUGAAGCUCUAUCAUUUGACUCUUUCAAAAGAAAGUUUCACCGACUAAGAGAUCAUCAUUGACACGACUAACACAGACCAUCAAGACUCCUAUCUUUUACAAAGAGAAACUGAAACAUCGGACACGGUCUUUUAAUGCUUCAUUACUUUAAUUUACUGGUACAGUUUACACCGUCUGGUUUUUGAGAGGGUUGAUAAUGUAUGGAGGUUCUAUGUCUGGUGAGGAUGAUAAGUACGACUAUUUAUUUAAAGUUGUACUGACCGGGGAUUCGGGUGUCGGGAAAAGUAACUUACUCUCACGUUUCACAAGAAACGAGUUUAAUUUGGAAAGUAAAAGUACGAUCGGUGUUGAGUUCGCUACAAAGAGCGUGGAAAUUGAUGGAAGGACUAUAAAGGCACAGAUCUGGGAUACUGCUGGUCAGGAACGUUAUCGAGCUAUAACAGCCGCCUAUUACCGUGGUGCUGUCGGUGCACUGUUGGUUUACGAUAUCACAAAAAGAGAGACUUUCAACAAUCUGGAACACUGGUUACUGGAGUUACGAGGCCAUGCAGAACCAGAUAUCGUUAUUAUGUUGGUUGGUAAUAAAUGUGACCUUAGACAUCUGCGAACUAUAUUGACGGAAGAUGCGAAGCUUUGGGCUGAAAGGCAUGGACUAUUCUUCAUGGAAACGUCGGCUCUGGAAUCCACCGGCGUUGAGAAUGCUUUUUACUCGAUUCUUAAAACCAUUUUCGAAGCUGUCCGUUCACAUCCUCCAGUGAGUAAUGUCGACAUGAAAAUGUCUCCAUAUAAUCAACCCAUUGUUUCAUCGAACACAGACAAUUCAAACAGUGGACGACGGUGUUGUAGUUAGAAACAAGGGAAUAAUCAAAUAAUUUGUUUCCAUUUUGCAUGAAGAGAAUUGAUUAAUUAUUUUUCUGUAAACUAUUAUUGUUAAUAAAUUGAUUGAUUGAUUGAUUGAUAUCAGUAAAUCGACAACAAAUCGAUGGAUAGAAUGUUUAUGAUAAAUGUAAAUUAGUGGUGGUUGCUGUUGUCUUUCUUGUUUUUGACGUUAACGAUUACUGAUUCGGUCGCCACUGUCUCUACUUAUUCAUUAUUUAUUUUGUGUGGAUGAAAUCAUUUGCAUUGACUUUUGUUUUGUGCACAUUUUCACUUUUCACGUGUUCGGUUGUGUGUGCGUGUGUGUUUGUGAAUUCAAAGGAGAGAAUGAAGAAGUGAAGGCGAGUUGUUGUUGUUGUUGUAGUAGUAAUGGAGCAGUGUUUCAAAUGCUUUCCUUCCCUGCCCCUUCCAUAGCAGUUUUAACUUAUUUUACACCAGUGUAAAAUGUGAAUGAGCAAAGUGAACACUGAAUCUUUGUUGUGUGCAUCAUAUGAGAGAAGUGAUCUGAUACAGUCAUGAAUGGUGACGAUUGAGUAAGUUGUUAAUGAGCUAAGUGGGAGACCACACUACAAUGACAUUGCAAUCAUCAUCAUCAUCACUACAAUUUAUUGUUUGUGCAUGUGUACAGCUGUGUUCUUCCCAGUUCAUUACUUAAUUGAUAACUUUCUAGUGAACUGUAUAGUAUCUAUUAACAAGAAUAAUUCUAAUUGAUGACAUAGACAUGCAUACUGACUUAUACACGUACACACAUUUCCACGGCACUAUUCUUUUGUUCAUUGUCUAUCACUAUUGUAUUUUCACGAAAUGAAUACUUGUUUGUUUUGUUAAUAUGUGCAGAACAGAUUGUUUUGUAUGACGCUGUAAACUGUGUUUCUCCUUACUGUGAAUUUCAUUUUAUACUAACUGUAUUGUUAUUGAACUAUGCCAGAUGAUAAAUAAGCUGACACACUAUAUUUUUAGUGAAAAUACUAGUAAUAGAUGAGAAGGAACUGGAUCUUCAGUAGAAAGUCAAUUUUUCCAGUUUUAUCUCUUUUAAACAAAAACAAACAAACAAAUUUGUAUUAUAUGUAUUAUGAUGUGAACUGUGUUUGCAAAUGAACUAAUUUUUCUCUUCUUAUCAACAUAAAUUGAUUUUUCUACCUAGAGUCGGUGUGUUUUGUAGUUUUUGCUGUUGUCAUGUGGUGGGAUAGAAGUUUUCGGCAAUACGAUGUUAGUAAGCAGACUAAGGAAGAACUGCACAAUUCAUCCUAAUGUGAAAUUCAGUUUAGGUGUUUCGUCGUGAUUUUGCUGCCUAUGAAUUUAUUAGAUGACUGUGCAGUGUUAAACACGGGAAGUGAAUGUGCAUAAGGUUCUUUUGAUAGUGUUAGUGAGUCAUGCGCAGAGCAGGACGUAACACGAUUUUGUAUUGGUGGAAGUUGUCACAUCUCAUGAGUAUAGCGAGAAAUCAGAUUGACAGAAAUGGUGUUAGUAUCAAUGGUAGUUGUGAAAGUGAAGUAUGGAGAAUGAGUGGCGAAAAAUGCACCGAUCAGUUGGAUAAGAUAGUAUAAAAUAAUUUUGAAAUUGAAGACCCCAGGGAAGACAGGAUGGAUACGUCAGCAUGAUUGCUGCCAAUUGUGAGUCAUAUCACCCGAAAUGUGCGCCCACUGGUCGUGGUUAUCACGAUGACUGAAGGCCAUUAGUCUGCGUCUACCGAUACAGCUCUUUUCAACAUUAUGAUUUGUGUGCCCCUAUCUUUCAUGAUGAUGUGUCGAACUGUCAGUUAUCAGGGAAUCACAGGCAUGAAAAUCUAUAUGAUUAUUGACAUAGUUAUGACACAUGGGUUCAUUUGUAACGAAGAAAUAACUGACUCACACUGAACCACGUAGAAAUCGCGAACUAGUCUUCUUGAUUUCGAGAUUCUGCAAUAUAUUUGUGGAUUUGUUAUAAAAGUGGAUUUUCAACAACUGUUUGCAGGGUGUUUAGACUUUUGCAAGGUGGUUCUUAAGUAUUUCUGUUAAAAUAACUAUUGAAGGUAAUCAUCUGCCUAAAGAAUAAAAAUAAAUCUUACUGUUGAUGUGUAUGGUUGACGACUUGAAGUUUCCAUUGUGGUAUGAAACAGCAAUUGACUUGCAUUUGUUGGACUUCCGUCAUGUAGAUAGUGAGACUAUUCAAUGUUUUUGCGUUUUGCAUUUCAGUGCGAACUCAUCUUUCUAGUGCCUACCUUGAAUAGUCUACUUAUGAGUAUUUGUGUUAGAGUUACUGGAGAGUCGUAGUUGCAAGAUUUCUGAAUCGUGUAAGAAACAUCUAAUGAGUGCUAUGGUUCCGUUGACUCCAAAAAGGUGAAAUUCUAUUCCCUGACACAACUGAACUUAAAUCACUCACUUUAUAGAUUGAUGUAGUCUAGUUAUGUGAUGAUUAUCAGUUAUUGAUAGUAAAAUCGGAAGCUGUGUGAAUUUCUUGAAACAGGAACCCACUGAGAUUUGAAAACUUACUGUCCGUUCAUGAAAACAUUUUUGGUCUCACAAAUUGUCCACAGAUCGGUCCACUAAUAGUUCCUGAUGUCUUUUCCUAGAGGCCUGAUCAGUUUCUCACAGAUAUACGUUGAUUUCUUUCUAUGCAUUUGUCACAUGUCAUUUAUAAUUAGUUGAUUAUCACACACAAGUGAGACACGUAGAAAACUAUCGCCUUGUAUUUUAUCAAAGUUUCAUGUGAUCCCUUAAAAUUCAUUGUGACAUAUACGAUCCUGAAGUAACUUGGUGUUGUUCUUUUGUGAUUGACCGGAAACAUUUUGUGCAACUAAUUUCCCGAUGAUUCAUUUCUAUCAACAUCAGUGUAGUUGUGUAAGGAAGUGCAGUUUAACAUGAGUCUCGACGGUGUUUACUUUUUUCUCUGAUAUUCUGUAAGUGGUUUGUUGAUUUGCCGACUAUAACCGGUAUUUAAGUGAGUGUUGUAAUUCGUUCAUGGUCAUCUAUAUUGUCUCUUCCCUAUGUGUGCUAUUGAAAGCCAAUGUGACUGGUCAAUGAAGAUGGACAAACAGGAACUCAGCUAACAGACUAUGAGUUAUGUGACAUUCAUGCAAAGUGGUCAAUCGAGAAUUGAUCAACAAUAGAGUGGUUAAUUAAUAGUAGAUAGAAUUUGGAUUAAUUAAAUGACAGGUCAUUGUAAAACAUUGAGUAUUUGAAUAAUAGGAAGAGAAGUAUACAAACUUGUGGUAGGUCGGAUUUAAACGCCACGUUCUCGGUGCAUCUUAGAUACAGUUUUAUUUUUUGAUGUAUUAAUACACUUUAUUAUCCACGAAAGAUCUAUCCAUCCUUGACAUUUGCUACUGACCAAAUGUGUAUUUUUCCGCCAUUUGACAACCGAUUGCCUCCAUUAUGAUCUAUUUGUUUUCAGUAAUCAUUCAUGAACCAGUCUCGAAGUGGUUUAACUUUUCUCAUAGUUUUAUAGAAUUAAAUUCUAUCGCUAUUAUCUUUAUGCAUGAGAAGUUCCAUUCUUUGAAUGUAUAUUAAUAUCAGAAUGUGUUCUAUGAGUAGGUCAAGUCCGGACAUCUGACAUUCUGUCAGUGAUAGGCGAAUACAGUCAGGCUAUGAUAAGUGAUGGAGUUGUAUUUACUUGUAUGCAUCAAUGCUGCAGUAGAAAGUAACACAAUAUUCCCACUUAGUUUUCUGUCUUCUAUUACUCUGAAUAGUUAGGUUGGUUAAGUAUAGAAGUGUAUGUUAUUAACUGGAUUGAACAGCAACACACAACGUAAAUUCAAUCCAGUAGUCAUCACCACUACUGAACUAUUCAAGUAAAGUAUCCUGUGCUUUCCAUAUGUAAUCCUUACUACUACUAUGACUAUUCCGUACAGUUUCCAACCAACCAUAAUAUUCUAUCUACUUACCAUGGUUUGUUGAUAAUUUGCUCAGGGCAGGGUUGAAUGGAGAAUGUUGGUGAGCGGCCUAUGCUCCUUCACGAGGAGUAACAGGCGAAAGUAAAUGAUUGAUAACUAACAUUUGCUCACCAUUAUUCACACAAUUGUAACCACGACUAUAAACUGUAAGUAAUAUGGUUGAUCACUUCAUAAAAUUCAAUAGUCAUUCACAAAAUUCUCUUGGAAACAAAUUUGUCAUUGUGUAGAUCAUGUCAAUAUUAUUAGAAAGAAGCACAUACAAUCACAAUAGAUGGUACAUGUAUACACACAAAUAGUUUAGUAUUAUCUUUGUUGAGCACAUCAAUUAAUCGACAUGAUCGAUCGAUCGAUCAACUAAUCAUUGGCACUAUGAUACAUAUGAAAAUCAAUUGUAUUUAUCGAUCUUCCCUUGAGUGAUACCGACAACAACAACUACUACUACCGUCAAGGUCAUUACGCUUGCCUUGUUUAACCAGAGUGUUAAUCGAACCAGUGAUGAUGUUUCAUGUCAAUCAGAGUAAUGACACUGUAUACAGAAAUCUAGUCCAUAUUCAAUGUAGAUGAUCAUUUCAGGUAUUUAAAUUAUGCAGAAAAUGUUGAAUAAGAACAGAACAUUAAUGUAACCAGUAAUGAUGAAGUGAACUAAUUCAGGACAGAAUGAAUUGGAGAGUAUUUUAUGAAUUAUUGAUUGGUUGACAUGAUAUUAUGUAAUAUUAAUUAAGUGAUAUAUAUAUUUUGAAACUUCAAUGCUGAAAUUCACCUAAACCAUUGUGUAAUAGUAUCUAUCUAGUGGUGUAGUAUGCUACUAAUAUCUGUUGACAUAAGUAGUAUGUGGUGUCAGUAGUUGUUUGAUGAUCUAAUGAUACAAAUUAUGUUAAUACAGAAAUAUAUUAGUAAGAGUAUUUACAAGAAAGAGAAUGCGACCACCACCGCGUAGGUCAGUUCGUGAUGCGUCUGGUCUAAGUUGGCUAACAGUUGCAACGGGUGUGUAGCACGGUAUACUCAGUCGUUAUCUGGUUUCGAAGCAUGACCGAGCGCCUUCAGCUAGGUGCAUAUAGUGAAACUAAUGCGGCCAUCAUCAAAUGUCGGAGACAUACAGAGUUAUUUAUUUUGAGGAUUUAUUUACCGCUACACUGACGAACGUGCUACUUUGGAAAUUCAAAACUAAUCCAAACAUAACGGCACAAUUCUCAGCAUUCAUUAACUAUCAAUUUGAAUGAAGUCACGGCAACUAAGUGUACUCUUUACUUAUUGACUAAAUAUACUGAAAUGAAAUCAAAGAUGUUUUAUAAUGGUGAAAUAACAAUGAGAAUGCUGAGAACAAACGUAAUCAAAUCUCUAAAAUCUAAUGGAUAUACAAAUGUAGUUGGUUAAUCAUGUAUCCUUGUAAAUUUUCAAUGUUUUUAGAACUUCACUCUCUCUGUGUCUCAUAAACAAUGAGAAUAAAUUUGCUUUGAAUUCAAACAUGACCUAUUCUUAUGCAUAGAAGUUCAUACCAAACUUAGUUAUUGUUGUCAUGUCGACGAUAGAAACAAAUGGUAAACAAAACUAUUCACUAUGUGAAGAACAAUGAUGUUCAGUGUAUGGUGUAAAUUAGUUGUUCAUUUCAAAAGAAAUAAAUGAGUUGGUAACUGUAUAAAUGAUUUUUGUGAUGAGCUUCAAGUGAAAACUUCGCCAUAUGAUAUUCUUAGAUUCUUCUAAUUGUUGAUGUCAUUUGUGCUAUUCUACUUAUCGACUAGUUACUUCACUGAUUGUUUGAUGCAUCUGAUUUGUUUGCACCGUUCAGUAAUUGUUUAGUGAACAGUUUCACACACACAAUUCUAUCGAUUACUUGUUGUGUGUGUGUGUGUGCGUGCGUGUGAAUGUAUUUAUGUGACUACUAAUGUAAUUAAUCCGAUUUAUUGUAUGUGACAGUAUGUAGUUUGAAGGAAGUAAGGGGAUUCUGUAGACUUAUGUAUUAUUGUUACACAUACUUGAGUUUAAGGUGAAGUAACAAUUUGGAAGAAAUCGAUGGCUGUUUCAGAGAACUCUGUAGUUCGAAUUAUUGCUAGUGAAGCGUAUAAACUGCGGUUCACCAAUAUUUAAGGAUCAAACAAUGAACGAUACCAACAGUCUCUCAGGAAAUGGGUAUAUGUCUUCAUAAUGAUUUCCGUGAAACGAUAUUACUGAGCAUGUUUUCUUUACCCAUUGAAAGGCUCACUAACAAUCCACAAAUAUGGAAUUAAAAUGAUCGAUUAGAGAAUUUCUUAUUCAUUUCAUAUUAUGAGAUCUCUUCAUUUGAUAUUUUCUAAUGCUUUCUGUACAGUUAUCUUUACUUUUCCCUUAUUCUUACUGCAUAUAAUAUCUCUACUGUGUGUUUAUUUUCAUCUUGUUGGGAUAUUCAGGAAAAUAUCCCAAAAAUUAUCCUGUUAAGCCUAAUGCUAUCCUUGGACAUGAAAUGGUAUAAUCUUAUUGGCCAAUAUUUAUUUAACGUGUCAUUUUCCUGUUGGCCAAUAUUGUACAAUUUUAUUUUCUAUUUUAUGGUACGUUGUGGCCUGCUUGAUUGGUAUAUAAACAAAGUAUGUUUGAAAUAUAACGAUUCAUAUCUCCGAGGCUGUGACUUGUGUUCUGGACUCAACUGGCUGGGUUAGACAGGAAGCGGGGCCAAUCAGAACCCUAGGCUGUUCCACGUGUUUGUGCGUCUUAGGUCCGAUCAAUAAUUCGCUACCUACCCUUAAUCAGCAGUAUAUUAUUUUCACGUUAUAACACAUCUAUGCAAGUGCACUGAAGAGUAGUACAGUUGCAAUUAAUUAAGUAAACUUUGGAUGCAAGAUUAGACCUAUAUAUUGAAAUAUUAAUAGGUUUUCUUCAGACGAAUUGAACCUUAAUUUGCCUUAGUCGAGUGUCUACACUAAAUACUCUUCUAGAGUAUACUUUACAAGCCUUUAAAACAUCUCGGUUCAACAAUACGUGUCUAGUCUGACUAGAAUCUAAGCAUAUUUCUACGCUAGCAACUGACAUCAAACAUAAUUAUAAUUGGGGUAGAAAAAUAUACAAGUCAUCUGAUACCUGUGAGACUGUCUACUAGUCUGGCUAACCUAAUAACCAAUCAUUUUUUCCUUGCAUUCACACAACCGAUCUCGCAAAGUUCGUAUGAAUUUGCCUAUGGGUUCACAUGAAGAAAACUUGUUUGUUACCGUCAAGUUGGUGAUCUGCUUGCCUCCGAUUUCAAUUUAUUUUCUCUCAGUUCAAUUUUGAUGACGGUGGUGGUUGCUAAAUUUCAUGCGUCUCACAUAGUAUCAUCAUCGGCAAAGAUUAAGCUUUAGAUGACUCAAAGUUGUUUUUUUCAACCUCGCAGUUGAUUUACAUGUCUGGUAAUUAGCGUAUUUACAAACUUCAAUUCAUACAAUACCUUCCAGCGUUUUUAUUUAUCCAUUCAAAUAUCCAUUUUUGCUUGCCUACGUGGAAAUCACUUGCAUAAACUAGUUCAUGAGUUUUAUUCCUCGGACUCAAAACAUCAAGAAACGUCCUAAGUGGUCGAAAAAAUAAUUAUUCGGUUGGUGAUUUUCCAUCGCGACUGUUUACGCUUGGUGUAAUUCUUAUCACCCGACACUAGACGGUGGCGAUUCAAUUGUUGAGCUAGGAAAUAAAUUGUUUAACGAGGGUGUUGGGGACGAUAGAUCCCCAAAACUCAUAUUUUGUAAUUUCAUCUUAUCGAUUGACUUAUCGAUUAAAUGUGCAAACAGGUCAAUUUAUGAACUUAUCGUUUAAAUGUUUAAGUAGUAGUCAAUUGAUGAACUCACUGAUCAAUGUUUAAAAAUUUCCCAAG